UUUAAUGUAAUAAAAUAAUCUUCUAAUGAAUACUAUUCAAAUUGCAUAUUUUUUAAUUAAAAUAUUAAUUCAAAUGUAUAAAUUCAACAAUAUUUCAAAUCUCUAUAUUCAAAUUUCACUAUAGCAAUUUUAUAUUCAAAACUCUGACAGUUCAUAGAUCUUUCAAAAACUUACCGUUGUUAUCUGAUUCCCCAACGACUAUUUACUUUGCCACUUUUUGUAAUUUUGGAAGUAACCAGCGUCUAAGAUACUACAGUCCACUCUUAUUUAUUACCUCGACAACACCUGAGACCAGCGAAGAAUUUACAAUUUUCUAUUCCUCAUAACAGCACUUGUGCUUUAAAAUCGCUAUAACGUUACUGCGAUUAAUGGUUACCAACUUAACAAAAUCAAAAUACAGUUUCAAACUUAGUGCAUUGCUGCCAACUUUCAAAACUUUCAUUUGGUUGCAUAGUAGAAACAAUUGCUUCAUAAGUCAGAAACACGCAGGUGACACCCGUAAUAUAGCAACACCCAUAGACCGCCUAGCGUUGCUUGUUAGUCUUCAUAGGCUACUGUGGCCAAAAUCGAGAAAAAAAACUGUCCAAAAAUUUAAUUUAGCAAGGAGCAAGUACCAGGGCCUCAUGAGUUACGAGAAGGUGUCGCUGACCAGCCGGGCCGCGGCGGGCCGGGCGCGUAAGAAUAAGAAGGUAUGCUCGUGUAUCUUAGCUGUAUACUUUUGGUUUGUUUACCUAUAUGAUUCUACUAUUAUUCUAGUAUUAUUUUUGCUGACUCGUAGGAAAUAGUAUUUUAUGCAACAGUUGUAUAAGAAGGGUCAAAAAAGGCGAGUGGCGUGAGUUACAAUGUGAGCCGGAGCCGAAGGCGUAGGCGAACAUUGUAAAGGAAUACGCCACGAGCAUUUUUUGACCUACUUAUACAACGUUGCAUACAAUAUUUUUCCUACGAGUCAACAAAAAUAAAUCUUAAUUUAGGUAAACAAAGCAAAAGUAUAUAGCCAAGACGCGCGAGCAUACCUUGUUACGCGCCCGGCCCCGGCCGGUCAGCGACUAUUCGUAACUCAUGAAGCCCUGGUACUUGCUACUUGCUAAAUUAAAUUUUUGGACAGUUUUUUCUCAAUUUUGGCCACUGUAGCCUACGGAGACUAACAAGCAACGCUAAGCGGUCUUCGUAGUCUAUGGGUGUUGCUAUAUUACGGGUGUCACAUGCGUGUUUCUGACUUAUGAAGUAAUUAUUUUUACUAUGCAACCAAAUGAAUAUUUUGUAAGUUGGCAGCAAUGCACUUAGUUUAAAACUGUAUUCGUUUUGGUUUUGUUAGGUUGGUAGCCAUUAAUGGCAGUAACGUUAUAGCUAUUAAAAGCACAAGAGCGUUUAUGAGGAAUAGACAAUAUAGACUUUUCUUGAAACCUUUUAUGUAUGUUCUUAUAUUCGUGUUAAUGAAUGCAUAAAUGACAGAUAACAGUAGAGGAGUAGGAAAUAGUACAUUACGAUACAAGUGCGAAAAUUAGGAAAUUCGAAACGAGUGUCGAUAAAUUAAAACACGACCGAAGGGAGUGUUUUAAAUCGACACGAGUUGCGAAUUACCUAUUCGCACAUGUAUCGUACAACGUUUUACAGUACAUAUGGCCCUUUCAAUUUUCGACAUAGUUACGUAAUGUGCCAAUUAUCGCACUAGUGCGGUAAAGUAGCGCCAUAUGUACUGUAAAGUAUUGUAUGCAACGUUGUAUAAGUAGGUCAAAAAAUGCUCUUGGCGUAUUCCUUUACAAUGUUCGCCUACGCCUUCGGCUCCGGCUCACAUUGUAACUCACGCCACUCGCCUUUUUUGACGCUUCUUAUAUAACGGUUGCAUAAAAUACUAUUUAAUUACUAAACUAAAUACACACGGAGUUGACGCCAACGCCAUCUAUACGCAGGAGAAACAAGUUACUUCUCAAACCGUACGGUGCCAUCUAGUUCUGUACCCCUAGUGUAAAUUUGAUCGACAUCAUAACGUGACGAACGCGUUUGCGUUAAGUCUCAUUUUGUAUAGGAUUUUGAGUUUCCAAAACGUCCCGCUUGGCGCGCUCUUUCUAAAUCCAAUACAAAAUGAGACUAAACGCAAACGCGUACGUCACGUUUCGAAAUCGAAUUUAUUUACACUAGGGGUACUGUUAUCAAAAUAAGGUAACGAUAUUUUCUUACUCUCGACAUCUUUUUUAUGAUCAAGUCUAUAAUUAUAAUUAUUGCAGGAUUGUGGGCUUUUUUGAGUGCCACAACGACUAAGCAGUGAUUUCGGGGCGGCCCGUUAAAUCUAGGAAAUUCCAUAUUCUUUGUGCCGUAAUGUUGUACCUCACGAGUCAUGAGGUUGCAAUCAAUUCUUUAGAAUAGGUGUAGAAUAUGGUUGCUGAUUGGAAAAAUACGUGAGCGAGACAACGCUAUGCGCAUAUUGUAGAUUUAUAGCGACAUCCCGUUCGCACACCAGAGCGACAAAUCAGUGGCAUUGCGAAGUUAGGUUUUUUUUAAUAGGUAUCUACAACGAAUAUUUUACGAAACUAAUUUUGAAUGAAACGUGCGUGUAUCAAUCACACUACAAACUACAUAGUACAAACGACCAUGAAUUGGACACUGGAUUAGGAAAUCUACAGAAACAAGUUAACACAAGCCUUAUUGCGCUUACUGUGGGACUUGGUCAAUUUGUGUAAUAAUGUCCUAUAAUAUUUAUUUAUUUAUUUAAGUUAUGUUUCCUAUUCCCGUAAAGUUUUUAAAGCCGUUAAAGCCUAUAUUUCCUUGCGUGUUUUAUUUAACAAUUGACAUCUACUUACUCACUUUUUAGGUUGCUAUUCCUGUUCGAAGCGCCUACAAAGCAAUACAAAUGAAACAAUGGGACCAUAAAAUGUGUAAUCCGGACCGGUUUUAGCAAAGCAGCAACAGCAAGCGCCAGCUAAAAAUUUUUAGUGAUGGCGAAUAUUAUUGACGUGGAAAUGGAUACCUGCGAACCAGAUAGCACGGUGGAAAUCAUUGAUGUGGAAGAAGAGCCAGUGACUCAGGAGCGAACUCCGUUGCAGAUUAUGAGUUAUGAACUUGUGGAAAGGCAGAAUAUGUGUGCAGCUAUGGUGGCAGCCAGUAUUCGAGACAGAGACCGCGUCCGUUCACAACUAGAAGAAGCCCGAAAACGGCGUGCGAGCGUCACGGCGGAUUAUCUGCAGGUGAUGCAGUUGAGUAAAAAUGCUACUCGAAGCCUCGCGGACAUCAAAGUUUCACUUGAGGACGCAAUGAGGAAGCGCGUUGCUCUGUUGAAAGAAAUCGAAACUGAAAAGAUGUGGAGACCGCCGAGCGCUGAAAUGUGCAUAAAAAAGCAGCAGGAGCUAAAGGAAAGAGUAGAACAUAUGAGAGCGAUUUUGGGUAUGGGCAAAAUACGCACACCCGAUGAUUGAUAACUUUGUAAUGCGGUCAAUUACAUAGAAGAGUAGGUAAACUCUUAUUACUAGUCUAAAGAUAUUAGUCACAUACAAUACAUACAUUGUAAUAAUUUUAGUUAAUUCAUUACGACAAUGAUUCUAAUUUUCUUGCGAUUUUAAUAUUACUAGUCCUAAAAUGUUAGUCAAAAUAAGUUCUCUCAAGGUCGUUUCCGUAAUUUAUGUUACGGUAAACUAUCAGCAAAGUUAAGGAUUCUUGUAAUUUUAUUUGAUAAUUAUAGUCGGUCAAGCCAUUUUUUCUGUAGAAAAAGGCAGCAAAUUUUAAAUAUGUAUGUAUAGGCGCGAAGGAUUAUUGUCCCACAGAAAAUUAGAAUCUUGCGCCUUUUUUUACUGACAAAGUUGUUUGACAGACUAUACUAAAAUAAGAUUUAUUAUAAUAUUACAAUUGAAUAAGUUCCAUUAUUGAUGAAGUACCCAUUUUUUUCUAUGCUUAUCAUAAAAGGAUAGGAACUCUUGUGUAAGCUAAACUACUGUGAUCGUCCUUUUUUCUUUGACAUUAUUCAGAUUUUAUACUUCAAGGUGAUUCACUAGAGACGACCGGAGAGAAAUAAAUGGAAGUAUUUUAAUGAUGUAUCGAACCUUGACUACAGAAAAUUUAAAUAAGGUAAGAUGGGGUAAGACGAACAUAGUUUAUUUUGCUCGGGACAAGACAGUAUGAGGAUUCAUACAAGUGUUUGUCUUGCCCCGGUGAUAGUUUACCCCACCUUACCUUAACUAGUCUAAAUUUGUAGUCGGGGAAAAAUGUAGGUGAGCUCUUCCUCAUACAUACCUUCCUACGGCUACGGAUAGUACCUACUUAUUAAGUUUGAUGAAAUGUAAAUUAUGUUGAAAUGGAAUAGAGUUGCAUUUCUUAUGUGUAGUAAAAUUUUCAUACAAAGACAAAUCAACUCUAUUUCCUACUACAGAAAUUCAAAUUUCACAUGAAAAUUUUAUUUUGUUGUACGGCUGUACAUAACCUAACAUAAUUUUUUAAAACCCGGCAAUAUUAACUGUUGUUUUUGUGCAUUACGUCUUUUAGCACAAUCGGAAUAGAACAAACCUCGAAAUUUCUUGGACCGUCCUGAAAUUUGUUAUGUAUGUAAAUUAAAGGCCCCUUAUUCAUGUCCAUACUAUUUGACAUUUGGGUACCUCGAGGAAUCGCAGCCAUCUUGGAAAAAUUGUACCAUCCUGGAGAAAUUCGCGUUUUACACGUAGAGUCAAAUACAGAGAAACGUGAC